UUUCAUCGGUGACUCGAAAGAGAUUAGUCGCGAGUGUGUUCUGUCCGAUACACCGUGUUUUCCUUCCACCCAAGGGGCAGCCAUGGGGUCCACAGGGGGCCUCGAGUUCCCCCACCGCGGCGAUUCUAAUCAAGGGCCGCGGGGAGGCCGUCCGCUGGCAGGGGAAGUAUCACAGCACGUGUGUGUUUUGAUGGAAAGCAGAUCCAGAUCUCCCCUGUACUCCGCCGUUUAUGUAGAGAACAUUUCGGACCAGAUGUUGUUUUUCUUCGUUCAUGAAUCGUCGUUGGAGGGACUGGUCUUCAUUUCUGACAGAUUAUUUUCCGGCAAAGUCACGGGAAAGAUCUGAUGAUAGUCUCCCAACCAGACGCGUCGGAGGACGUGCGUGCUGAAAGGUAGAAGGCUGGAAGACGGCCAAGAUGAGGACGUGAACUUGAAGGCUAACGGCGCUGUGAAUGAUACUGGAGCUGCGUAGUCUCGACUUCUGGGGCAAUGGGCACAAUUAUGUGCCAAUAGGCGCGUAUUAGCUGCAAACUCUGAUGAUGGCCUGCCCAGUCUCUCCAUGGCGGUUACUUCAGCGCAAACGCUACGUGUUCUACAGCGUCCUCUUCGUCGCUCUGUUCGCACUGGCUCCCCUGUUCUAUGACGUCGGCCUUCUCAGGCCGAAGCCUACUCUUGCAAACCAGAAUGCAACGAGGCAGCGGGAGGUACCGAACAUCACGGGAAGAGGAACUCCUAGGGAACAUCAUAACGUCAUAGCAUCUUCGCCAAGACAUGUCUCUGUCAAGCCAUGGACUAAGAUAUUUCCCGCCGUAACUGGUACGAGUCAUAACACCGACCGGAGAAAAACGACAAAGAACGUCCACCUGUCUAGUGAUGGCGCAAACCUGGUAAACACAGAAAUGGACGACAGCGACGAAAAAAGGAAACAUGUUCCUUCACUGCAAAGAAGUGAAAUGCCACCAAGAAUAUCCGAGUCCACCCCUUAUCAUCAUGUGAUGGACAACAUCAGAACAAUGUCGUCUGUCCCUCAUCAGGAUGACAAUCUCGCCCCGUCACGUUCAGAUCUCGCGAGAGUUCAAGGGCAGACCAAAAGACUUGGAGUUGUCAUCUUAGCGCUCAUGCGUACAGGCUCCUCAUUUGUUAGCGAGUUGGUGAACAACAAUUUGGAUUUCUUUUACCUCUUUGAACCCAUGUGGACCCUCAAACACAACGGUAAAUACUUCUUCAGACCAAAAGGGAAAGGCGUAGUUGCUGACACGAAAGGAGUUCGGGUGAACCAGUUCGACCGGGAGUACACGAGCUUACACGAGCGCGCCAAGCUGCAGAUGUUGAGCGACGUUUUUCACUGCAACUUCACGGCGAUGGCGCCGUUUUACACCUCGUAUCUCACGGGGGCUUUCAUCGGCAGGAACGCCAGUCGGACGGUGAAUGACGCUUGCCGGAACGGCCGCUUCAUCGGGGGGAAGAGAACAGGCCGCCUGUUAGGCAGCAGAAGCAGACCCGUCUGCCCUAUGUAUUCCUGGAACGUUCCGAGAGUUCUGGCGGACCUUUGCACGAACCACAAGCACUCGGCGGUGAAAACCAUCCGAGUAGCCAGCGUGGAGGAACUCGUACCACUUAUACAGGAUCCGUCGCUGGAUAUGAAGAUUCUUCACUUGAUAAGGGACCCUCGGGCAAUAGUAGCUUCCAGGCUGGACGUGUUACACCCCGGCGCCGUGCGGAACCUAUCGGGACUGCAGGAGCUGCUUGUACGGUCCGUCGAAUUCGACGACAUCUGCGGGUGGAUGGAAAGUAACGUGCAGUACAGGGACCACAUACCUCAGCACCUACAGGGCAGGUACGCUUUAGUAAGAUACGAGGACGUGGCAGCCAACCCCUCAGCGAUGGCGGAGAAAAUCUACAACUUUCUGGGGAUCCCUUUGCCAGAUGAGGUCAUGCAGUGGAUCGACAAGAACACGAAGGGAAGUCAUCACAUCGUCAACAAGUACCAGACCAACAGGAACUCUCGGGCCUCCCUGGACACCUGGCGACACAAACUGGUCUUUUCUUCCGUCUCCAGGAUACAGGACAGAUGUCGCCCCAUCAUGGCGAAGCUUGGAUACCGACCGGUGAACAGUACAGGCGAACUGACUAACAUGACGAACAUACUGAUAGAGGAGCCGUCACCAGAAAUCGCUAAUUUGAUUAUAUAAACUUCGAUGUUUGCUGUAGUCUCUACCAGACCUCGUGUGGGCUGACAAUGGAAAAAAUCGACUAACUUAUCUUUGCCUUGCCAGUUAUAGCCUGGGUACCAUCCUCCGUAGUU